AUAGCUCGCUAACAUCCAGUCAGAAGCCAUUGUACCACCGGAGAUCGCUAGGUGCUCUGCUGAAGGAAACGCCACGUUUUAAAUCUAGGAGUGUACUAUCCGUGCAACAGCAUUACAGAGUUGAACAGUAAAAUAACGCGUAUUAUCGAGGACGUGAAGGAAAACAACGUUUCUACUGUUUGAACGACGACUGUGUUUCCUACCUGGGACGUUACGCUCGGCGGAGGGAUACAACCGACUGGCAGACAUCUGAACACCGAUCGUCUGAUUCCGCACCAAGUGCCCUCUUCCUCUAGAUAUCUUCAUUUUAUAGUCCGUGCUUGGCUUUUCUCUCGGUUUUGUGCCCUUAUUUAGAUGGCAAGCUUUCCAGACUCUGUAAACGAAAAUGACAUAGGUAAGGCAAAGUUCAUCGGUGAACUCCUGGUGCCUGUUGCUCCUUUUGACCAGAAAUCUGGGCGCGAGGCUUGGACUGCAGCCUUUGCACCCAAUGGUUCCUACUUCGCUUGGUCUCAAGGGCAUCGCAUUGUCAGGCUCAUUCCCUGGACCAAAUGUCUGAAGAACUUUUCAGUGGGCCAUGGUGGAGAGGUCACCAAUGCCUCUAGCCCCCGCCGCCUGUCCCGCCAGAACAGCAGUGAAGGCCAGGUGAUCCCGGCGGCCGAUGAGCCACGUGAACACACCAUCGACUGCGGGGACAUCGUCUGGGGCUUGGCCUUCGGCUCCUCGGUGCCAGAGAAGCAGAGCCGCUGUGUUAAUAUAGAGUGGCACCGCUUUAAGUUUGGUCAGGACCAACUGCUGCUGGCAACAGGCCUCAACAAUGGUCGCAUCAAGAUCUGGGAUGUUUACACUGGAAAACUGUUGCUGAAUCUGAUGGACCAUACUGAUGUAGUGAGAGACUUGACAUUUGCUCCUGAUGGCAGUCUCAUGCUGGUCUCUGCGUCCAGAGAUAAGACCCUCCGAGUGUGGGACCUCAAAGAUGAUGGUAACAUGGUGAAGGUCCUGCGGGGGCAUCAGAACUGGGUGUACUGCAGCGCCUUCUCCCCCGACUCCUCCAUCCUGUGCUCGGUCGGUGCCGGCAAAGCAGUGUUCCUAUGGAACAUGGAUAAGUACACGUUGAUCAGGAAGCUGGAGGGGCACCACAAUGAUGUGGUGUCUUGUGAGUUUUCACCAGAUGGGGCGCUAUUGGCCACUGCCUCUUAUGACACCCGGGUCAUUGUAUGGGACCACCACAAGGCCACGGUCCUGCUUGAACUGGGCCACCUCUUCCCUCCUCCAUCACCCAUUUUUGCUGGAGGGGCAAAUGACCGCUGGGUUCGCUCUGUGAGCUUCUGCCCUGAUGGCCGCCACAUUGCUAGCAUUACUGAUGACAGGCUGGUUCGUUUCUGGAGCAUAGAGGAGAGGGCUCCUCAGGCCAUCGCCUCUCUCUCCAACGGCCUCUGCUGUGCCUUCUCUCCUGAAGGAAGUGUCCUUGCUGCUGGGACUCGUGGUGGUAGUAUGCACUUCUGGGAGUGUCCUCGUAGCGUUGCCAGUCUGCAGCACAUGUGCAGGAUGUCUGUCCGCCGGCUGACCACGACCCAGCAGGUGGAGGCCUUGGCUAUUCCUACGCCGCUCCGCGACUACCUGACCUACAAAAUCAUCUAACACCCCCACCCACCACCGCAGCACCCGCUGACUCAACUGCACUUGCCACAGCAGCAUCAUGCUGGAAAACCAAUGAUUUAUUUUCUGAAAAAUAGAACAUUUUUCAAACAAACUUCGUUAAACCAACAGAAGCAAUCAGGAGGAAAGGAGUUACAUUUUACUGAAACAGAGCCACGUCUUUGUCUCAAACCCCCGCUGCAUCCAUCCACAGCUGGAUGUUGUAUUAUUUUGGAAAUAUUUAUUUUCGUGAGUACUUAAGUAAAUAAGUGUGCUAGGGCCAGCGCACUGUCCAUACCUCUAAGGUCAUGUUAUUUCAUGGGCCUCCUGUCCCCUCCAGCAGCUCCUCUUCCCACUGGCUGCUGCUUUCCACCACCUUCACUUAACCCUUUUAUUUCUUAGUCAACUUGAAAUGGCUUUUGCACGUAAUAUGAGGAGCUUUGCAGCCAAGCUUGCUCUUAAUGUCAGGUUUUCUGUGAGUGAAGGGAAGAGACGUGGGAUGUUUAAAGUAUGCAUGGUUUUGAAGGCCAAUAAUUAGAUCUGUGAACUACUGAUACUGUGGAUGUUUAGUAUCUUUGAAGGACAUUAUUGUCAUGGAACAAAAGAUAAACAAACCAAGCAGUUAUUGUUCUUCUCUUUAGAUUUUGAAUAUUUCUCUGAAACAGUAUUUACACUACCUGCUUGCCACUGAAACCUGAACUUCAUUAAUGUGCAUCAGCAUUUGCUGUUCUGUGAUCUGAGGCAGUUUAUAACCUGGUUUGAUUUAGUUUCUGUUUGGUCACACCAGAAACAGACAGACAGAAAACUCAAUGACAAGCAGCGCUAUUAGCUACUUGACUAGCCGUGGAGCCAGAGUGAUAAAUCCUCCAGACAGAUUUAUUGGUAUCGGAGAAUUUCAAUGACAAAUAAUUGAAAACAGUGUGGAGUAUGUAAAUUUUUGUCCACCAAAUAAAUAGUAGUGCAGUUUAUUUUUACAUGUGCUGCCCAGUACAUUUCUUGGUAACAAAGUUUUAUAUAUAUAUUAAAAAAAAUUAAGGUAACUAAUAUAUGAUUAGUGGAUUUUUAAACCUUAAAUAUUAAUCCUUGAAUUGCCCUCUUAAAUCCUGUAUGGAAACAUCACGCCACCAAGGAUAUCAUCCUUCAUUUGGAUUACUGUUGACUUCAUCUGCACUUUCUGAACUAUCCAACUGCAAAUAAUAAUUGUUGUUAUUGGCAAUUCAGAUCGGCUUCUCAGAGUCAAAGUUCAGCAUGGACUUACAUCACUGUGCUCCACUGAUUGGCUCAAAGUUUUG